GGGACAGAUGAGCUCUGUGCUCUCACCACAGUGAACGGCUCAGUGUGCAGGAGAGGACUCUAACACUGCCUGAGGAUCAGGUCUGAACUCCUCCACCACUCCGGCUCAAACAUGGUUCUGUGCGAGGACGGCGAGUGCAGCGUCUGUCUCUCGCCGUACUCGAGGACAGACAGGGUCCCCCGGGUGCUCCACUGCAGACACACCUUCUGCGAGCUGUGCCUGGAGACGAUGUCACAGACCAGGAGCGACCUGCUGACUGUGGCCUGCCCUCUGUGUCGCCGUGUGACCUGCAUAGGCCGCGGCCUCAGCCUGCAGGAAGCUCUGUGGGUCAACAGCAGGCUGUGGGACCAGAUACCAGAAGAGGUGGAGGAGGAAGAGGAGGAGGAAGAGGAGGAGGAAGAGGACGGGCGGAAACAGAGGGCUGAGGGGGAGCGGAUAGAGGCUAAACAAGAACCCUCGUUACAAGCAGAAUGUGUUUCUUCGGGCUCCACGAGAGCAAAGCUGAAAUUACCGGCAUUCUUCAGAAAGUUCAGUUUGACGAAGCAGCACAGGGAGCGGAUCGUACCCGGCAGCAACGUGGAGAUGAAAUCCUGGCGCAGACUUUCAACUGAAGAGACACUUUAAAAAAUAUCUGACACCUCUUGUAGACCUGAGUCAACCUCAUCAGAGGGAGGAAAGUUGUGGCCAUGAGGAGCGACAAUCCAUUUGUGCUCCUGUCAACACGUUGUUUUGUUCUCAGCCAAAGUUGCCCCGUCUCCGCAUUAUUUAUUCUAGGCUUGAUUCUCCCAGCUGGUGCUGUGGGAUUUGGUUCAGCUGUCCCAGAGGGGCCAACACUCCGAGACCCCUGAGACGCCGUCACAGCAGAUGGUCUCCUGAGGACGUUCCCUUUCACAUCUGAGCAUAACUUAUCAUUUUUCUUUUAUUUAUGAUAGCAAGUAGCAAAAGUAUUUAAUAAAACUAUUUUUGAAA